UCUCUCUCUCUCCCCUCUCUCUUUUUGUAGGUUCCCCUCAUUCCUCUCUCUCUCUCACCGCUCUCUCUCUCUCUCUCUCUGGAAACGAGAUGUCGUUGAGGCGAUCAUUUCUGUCGCGGAGAAUCGUUCAUCGUUCUUUCGGACUUUCCAAAUCUUGCAAAGAAUCUGAAGAAUCCUGGAAUAUCCCCUCCGUCUGCAAUACUAGUUGUGAUGGUAAUAAUCUCGGCGGAGAGGAAAAAAAGGAAGAAAAUUAUGAUGAUGGUGGAAGCCGGCAGCGGCAGCAGCAGGAGCAGCCGUGGGAUGGCGUUUUAUCUUUUGACUCGGGCCUCGUUGAGUCGGGUUCUUGGGCCGACAUGCUGCCGGAGCUGCUGGGGGAAAUAAUACAGCGGGUGGAAGCCAGCGAGGACAAAUGGCCGCAGCGUCAAAACGUCGUCGCCUGCGCGUGCGUCUGCAAGCGGUGGAGGGAGGCUACCAAAGAGGCUGUGGAGAAGGCUUCUAGCCAUCAGCCCGGCAAAAUCACGUUUCCUCCUUCCCUCAAAAAGCCGGGGCCACGGGACUCUCCACUUCAAUGUCUUAUAACACGCGACAAGAAGAAUGCAACAUUUUACCUGUAUCUUGCUCUCUCGCCAUCAUUCAUGGACAAAGGAAAGUUUCUCCUAGCAGCACGAAGAUAUAGAACUGGUGCCCACACCGAAUACAUUAUAUCACUAGAUAGUGAUGAUCUAUCCCAAGGAAGUAAAGCCUAUGUUGGAAAAUUAAGGUCUGAUUUCCUCGGCACUAAUUUCACAAUCUAUGAUAGCCAACCACCCUAUGAUGGAGCAAAGCCAUCGAGCAGUAAAUCUGGCCGUAGAGUCGCGAGCAAGCAGAUAAGCCCCCAAGUCCCAUCUGAUAACUUUGAAGUUGGGCAUGUUUCCUACAAAUUUAAUCUCUUGAAAUCAAGAGGCCCACGGAGGAUGAUAUGCUCAAUUUCCUGCCCAUCUUCAGAGGAAUCCUCAACCGACAGUAAUGACGAUGACUCUGAAAUGAAGAGACCAGAUUCCUCUACCCAUGGAAACUUGGUCUUGAAAAACAAAGCUCCAAGAUGGCACGAACACCUGGAAUGCUGGUGCUUGAAUUUCCACGGCAGGGUGACUGUCGCCUCGGUCAAGAACUUUCAACUGGUUGCCGCUAUGGAUCAAAGUAAGCCUGGCGGGAAGGGCGAUGAGGAAAGGAUGCUCCUCCAGUUUGGAAAGGUAGGAGACGACACUUUCACGAUGGACUAUAGACCAGCUUUGGGACGAAACUGGCAUGCGAGUAAUAUAAGCUGUGUCUGGAUUGAGAGACUUGAUUCGUAGGAAAUUGUUUCCUGCCUUUGCUCUUGUUGACAGUUUGAUUGACAAAUAUAUAUAUAUGUACAUGCUCUUAUUGUACGUUUAUUACAUAAAGUUUUUCAAGUAAUGAGAGUAAACAACUUUGGUGCUUGUGUUUAUGUUUCAA